UUGGUCAAGGUGAUACUGUUUCUUCACUGAUUGGUUGGUUUGUUAGGUUUCUAAGCUCUGACUGGUCUAUAGUUGCUUUAAAAGGCCCGCGUUCAUCUUGUAGAUACAGUUUCCUCUGAAGGCACAUUACAGCUGAGACAGAGGUCUAGUACCGACAGCGAUGGAGUUGUUGACGUGGUUGCUGACGGCCCUCACGCCCUUGUUGGUCACUCUGGUGGGAAUUCUUGCCAUAGUGUACAUGUAUGUGACAUGGAGCCAUGACUACUUCCGGAAGUUAGGUAUCCCAGGCCCGAAGCCAGGACUUACGGGAAACAUGGGCAACUACAAAAAGGCGGGCGUCAUUGGCAACGACGUGGAACUGGUGAGAAAAUACGGAAGAGUUGUGGGGAUUUACCAUUGUCGCCUUCCCAUCAUGCUGGUGUCUGACCCGGAAAUGAUUAAAGAGAUUUGUGUGAAACAAUUCUCCAACUUCACCAACAGGAAGCGGCCUGAACCCAUCAACAAGGUGUUCAAGAGUGCUGUGUCGGUGGUGGAGGACGACCACUGGAAGUUCAGUCGCAGCGUCCUGAGUCCCACUUUCAGCUCUGGCAAGAUGCGACAGAUGGUUCCGCUGAUCCAGAAGUGCACAGCGAGUUUGGUCCAGAACCUAGAACGCCAGUCCAGGGGAGGUGGAAGCGUCGAGAUGAAAAAUGUGAUGGGCUGCUACACGCUGGAUGUGAUCGCCAGCACGGGGUUUGGGAUGGAGGUGAACAGCCAGGAGAACCCCAGGAACGUGUUCGUGAAGAACGCUAAAGAGGCCAUGUCCGCCAGCUUCACGUUUCCUUACGUCACGUCACUGCUGUUUCCGUUUAUGAGGGACGUAUUCGAGGCCCUGGGGUGGAGCUUCAUGUCGAAGAACAGUAGAGAAUUCUUCUUCAACGUCAUGGAUAAAGCUAUUGAUGAUAGACGCCAGAACCCGUCGGAUCGACGGGACCUACUCCAGCUGAUGCUCAACACCCACACACUGGAGAACAAGAUGGAGGCAGACGAUGUCCAGGACGCUCAGCUGGACUUCAGCAAGAUCAGAAAACGGCCUCUCACGAACGACGAGAUAAUGUCCAACUCGGUAGUGUUCAUGUUGGCUGGGUAUGACACCACGUCAGGAGCACUGUCAUUCGCCUCAUACCUGCUGGCGACAAAUCUCGACUGUCAGGACAAACUCAUUCAGGAAAUCGACCAGCAUCUGGGGAAGGACCUGGCUACCUAUGACAAUGUGAUGAACCUGCCAUACUUAGAGCGUGUAUUCCUGGAGACUCUACGUCUGUAUCCCCCAGCGUCCAGAUUCUCUCGAAUGGCGAAGAACGACAUCACCAUCAAAGGCUACCUGAUCAAGGCCGGAACGUCCGUCAACUUCCCCAUCUACGCCAUGCACCACGACCCGGAGUUCUGGAAGGAACCAGAGAAGUUCCAGCCUGACAGGUUUCUGCCAGAAAACAAGACAGCUAUGCACGACUACUGUUUUGCUCCGUUUGGCGUCGGUCCCCGGAACUGUGUGGGCAUGAGGCUGGCGUUUCUAGAAUUCAAGAUGGCGCUUGUGACAGUUCUGCAGCACUUCCGGUUCCGUACAGCGCCGGACACUGAGAUUCCUCCCAAACUGGAGAAAGGAGGCUUCGUGAGGGCACUGAACGGUAUCUACCUCCGAGUGGACAAAAGAACCUAGAUGCCUCCAUUAUUGGGCUGAACAUGUGCGGAACUAAACAUAUAAUAGUAUUUAAACCAGAUCUUAAAGUGUGACCAUUUGCUGCUGGACGUACCAAUUCCAAUCCCACCUUCUGUUUCAUGAUGAUUCUAGGGCUGUAAGCACCACUCACGACGCGUCGGUUUCUACAAUGUGCCAACUGUUCAACAUCCUUACUGGACAAUUUUCACAGUCACAAUAGGGGAAUGCGACAUGCUGUAGCAGUCAUAGCAAGCUAACUCUGUUAUAUCAUACCAGAUGGUUCAUCAUUAUCACAUAUAUACACCAAGUCACAAUAGGGGAACACGACAUGCUGUAGCAGUCAUAGCAAGCUAACUCUGUUAUAUCAUACCAGUUGGUUCAUCAUUAUCACAUAUAUACACCAAGUCACAAUAGGGGAACGCGACAUACUGUAGCAGUCAUAGCAAGCUAACUCUGUUAUAUCAUACCAGAUGGUUAAUCAUUAUCACAUAUAUACACCAAGUCACAAUAAGGGAACGCGACAUGCUGUAGCGGUCAUAUCAAGCUUACUCUGUUAUAUCAUACCAGAUGGUUCAUCAUUAUCACAUAUAUACACCAAGUCACAAUAGGGGAACGCGACAUGCUGUAGCAGUCAUAGCAAGCUAACUCUGUUAUAUCAUACCAAAUGGUUCAUCAUUAUCACAUAUAUACACCACGUCACAAUAGGGGAACGCGACAUACUGUAGCGGUCAUAGCAAGCUAACUCUGUUAUAUCAUACCAGAUGGUUCAUCAUUAUCACAUAUAUACACCAAGUCACAAUAGGGGAACGCGACAUGCUGUAGCGGUCAUACCAAGCUAACUCUGUUAUAUCAUACCAGUUGGUUCAUCAUUAUCACAUAUAUACACCAAGUCACAAUAGGGGAACGCGACAUGCUGUAGCGGUCAUAGCAAGCUAACUCUGUUAUAUCAUACCAGAUGGUUCAUCAUUAUCACAUAUAUACACCAAGUCACAAUAGGGGAACGCGACAUGCUGUAGCAGUCAUAGCAAGCUAACUCUGUUAUAUCAUACCAGAUGGUUCAUCAUUAUCACAUAUAUACACCAAGUCACAAUAGGGGAACGCGACAUGCUGUAGCAGUCAUAGCAAGCUAACUCUGUUAUAUCAUACCAGAUGGUUCAUCAUUAUCACAUAUAUACACCAAGUCACAAUAGGGGAACGCGACAUACUGUAGCGGUCAUAGCAAGCUAACUCUGUUAUAUCAUACCGGAUGGUUCAUCAUUAUCACAUAUAUACACCAAGUCACAAUAGGGGAACGCGACAUGCUGUAGCGGUCAUACCAAGCUAACUCUGUUAUAUCAUACCAGAUGGUUCAUCAUUAUCACAUAUAUACACCAAGUCACAAUAGGGGAACGCGACAUACUGUAGCGGUCAUAGCAAGCUAACUCUGUUAUAUCAUACCGGAUGGUUCAUCAUUAUCACAUAUAUACACCAAGUCACAAUAGGGGAACGCGACAUGCUGUAGCAGUCAUAGCAAGCUAACUCUGUUAUAUCAUACCAGUUGGUUCAUCAUUAUCACAUAUAUACACCAAGUCACAAUAGGGGAACGCGACAUGCUGUAGCGGUCAUAUCAAGCUAACUCUGUUAUAUCAUACCAGAUGGUUCAUCAUUAUCACAUAUAUACACCAAGUCACAAUAGGGGAACGCGACAUGCUGUAGCGGUCAUACCAAGCUAACUCUGUUAUAUCAUACCAGAUGGUUCAUCAUUAUCACAUAUAUACACCAAGUCACAAUAGGGGAACGCGACAUGCUGUAGCAGUCAUAGCAAGCUAACUCUGUUAUAUCAUACCAAAUGGUUCAUCAUUAUCACAUAUAUACACCACGUCACAAUAGGGGAACGCGACAUACUGUAGCGGUCAUAGCAAGCUAACUCUGUUAUAUCAUACCAGAUGGUUCAUCAUUAUCACAUAUAUACACCAAGUCACAAUAGGGGAACGCGACAUGCUGUAGCGGUCAUACCAAGCUAACUCUGUUAUAUCAUACCAGAUGGUUCAUCAUUAUCAAAUAUAUACACCAAGUCACAAUAGGGGAACGCGACAUGCUGUAGCAGUCAUAGCAAGCUAACUCUGUUAUAUCAUACCAGAUGGUUCAUCAUUAUCACAUAUAUACACCAAGUCACAAUAGGGGAACGCGACAUGCUGUAGCGGUCAUACCAAGCUAACUCUGUUAUAUCAUACCAGUUGGUUCAUCAUUAUCACAUAUAUACACCAAGUCACAAUAGGGGAACGCGACAUGCUGUAGCGGUCAUAUCAAGCUAACUCUGUUAUAGCAUACCAGAUGGUUCAUCAUUAUCACAUAUAUACACCAAGUCACAAUAGGGGAACUCGAGGGGAGUAACUCUGUUAUAUCAUACCAGUUGGUCCAUCAUUAUCACAUAUAUACACCAAGUCACAAUAGGGGAACGCGACAUGCUGUAGCAGUCAUAGCAAGCUAACUCUGUUAUAGCAUACCAGAUGGUCUCUCAUUAUCACGUAUAUACACCAAGUCACAAUAGGGCAACGCGACAUGCUGUAGCUGUCGUAGCAAGCUAACUCUGUUAUAUCAUACCAGAUGGUUCAUCAUUAUCACAUAUAUACACCAAGUCACAGGUCCGUUCAUCACCGCGGUAUGUGCCUUCACCGUCAAUAAACUGUUUCACUUUAA